AUGGAAGUAAUUGAGGUCCUUCGCAUGAAAGAAGGAACUGGGCAAACAAGUUAUGCCAACAAUUCAUUACUUCAGAAACAAGUAAUCAAUAUGACAAUGCCCAUCGCACAAGCUGCCAUAAUCAAUGUGUAUUGUAACAUGAACCCGACAACUAGGACAAUGUGUAUGGCAGACUUAGGUUGUUCUUCCGGACCAAACACUUUAUUUGUAAUGUAUGAGUUGGUUCGUACAAUUUAUGAAACACGCGACAAGUCGGGUAGCCAAUCGCUUGAAUUUCAAGUUUAUUUGAACGAUUUACCCAAAAAUGAUUUCAAUACAAUCUUCAAGUCCUUAUCUGGAUCUAUUGAAAAGAUGGGAACAGGUCUUGGACCAUGUUUCAUUAUGGGAGCACCUGGUUCCUUCUAUGGUCGUUUAUUUCCGUCAAAAACCCUCCAUUUUGUCUAUUCCUCGUAUAGCCUCAUGUGGCUUUCUCAGGUUCCAAAAGGAAUAGAGAACAAUAAAGGAAACAUUUACAUUGGAAGCACAAGCCCUCCUAGUGUGAUCGAUGCAUACUACCGACAAUUUAAGAGUGAUUUCAAUACCUUCCUUAAUUGUCGAUCCGAGGAAGUAUUGUCGGGUGGCAACAUGGUUUUAACCAUUCUCGGAAGGGAAAGCGAAGAUCAGUCUAGUCGAGAGGGCUAUUACAUAUGGGAACUCUUGGCCAUGGUACUAAAUCAAAUGGUCUCCGAGGGAAUAAUAGAAGAAGGGAAGAUGGACACAUUUAACAUUCCUCAAUAUACCCCAUCCCCGGGCGAGGUGAAGUUAGAAGUUGAGAAAGAAGGCUCUUUCAUUAUCAAUUCGCUCGAAGUGAGCCAAGUCGAUUGGAGCGCAAGUGCGAAAGGAUUCUCAACUAACCCAAUUCGCGAGAACGAAGGAUAUGACCUAGCAGAGUGCAUGAGGGCGGUUGCUGAGCCGAUGCUAGCAAAUCACUUUGGCGAGUCGAUCAUAGACAACGUUUUUCGUCGAUAUAGUGACAUCUUAAGCGACCGCAUGGCCAAGGAAGAUCCCAAAUUCUAUAACGUUACUAUUGUGAUGGUCAAGAAAUAAAGAGAUCUA